UUGAACACUUUUAAAAAGUCUUCUUGGACUGCCACAAAAGUAAGAACAAAGAUCCAAUUCCAAAAAAAAAGACAUCAACACCCAGUGACAAGUAGACGACAAUAUAUUACUAGUAGUAUAGUAGCAUGGCGAAAGCAGCGCUAUUGGGAGUGCUGGAAAGCACCAUUGGAAAAUACGUGGUGGAUUUGGAUGCGGAAAAGUUGAAUUUGGGCAUUUGGAGUGGUCAAGUGGAAUUGCACGAUUUGCAAUUGGAUGUCCACAAGUGCAAUGCCGAAUUGGAUCGUCAAGCGGCCGAAGCGCCCAAUCUAGCAUUGCCAUUGCGUGUCGUCGGUGGAUCUUUCUCGAGUGUCAAGCUACAAAUUCCAUGGGCAUCCCUGUCGAGUCAAUCCGUUGUGGUGCAAGCGCAUGGACUGCACAUUCACGUGGCACCCUACGAUCGAUUGACGCAAACCGAUUUUCUAAAGCAAGUGGUGGACAGUGAAGAAAAACGAGCCCAGCAUGUUCAUCAACAACGACAACACUCACUGGAGCUAGCCAAUGAAAACCGCAUGCAUGCCCAAGAACUCUUGAAACUCACACAGUUGGACACCACUACACCAAACAAAAAUAGUAAUGACGAACAAGGAUCCUCCUUUGUCUCGCGAUUGGUCAAACGGAUUGUCGAAAAUCUUCAAGUCGACAUUCAAGACGUCCAAGUCACAUUGCAGGGAGAUGCGGGAACUGCCGGCGUGGUAUUGGAAAAUCUAUCGUUUGUCACUACCGACAUGGCCGGACACAGAACCUUUGUGGACCGUACCAACCAAAAGGAAAAUCCCAACGAUUUACUCAACAAAUUUCUCUACAAGAAUUUAACCAUUCAGGGUCUCGCCAUUUACAUGGAUGAACCAACAUCAUCCGACAACAAUACAACACACUCGUACAUUUUGGAUCCACUCUCGUUGGACGCCAAAGCCCGCGAAGCCGAUGCCAGCAUUACCAAGGAAUAUCCCAAAUGGUUGCUCAAGAGCAACAUUCCAUCCGUGCAAUUGGGACUCGGGCAACGACAAUAUCAACAAACCAUGCAAUUACUGGCGGCCAUGGCACCGUCCCCGCAUGCGGCACGGCCCCUCUUUCCGGAAUAUCGACCCCUUCAUCGCAUUACGGCACAAUCCGCCAAACAGUGGUGGCGGUAUGCCUUUACAAGUGUCAGUCGCUUGAAUGGACGACGCUCCUGGGUCAUCUUCUUUGAAGCCUUUCAAGCCCGCAAAACGUAUAUUGCACUCUGGAAACGGCAUGCCACUAAAAAUAAGGAGUGGAUGACGCCCCUGUCUCCGGACGAAUUGGAAACCAUGCACGCCAUUGAAGCGGAUCGGACCAUUUCCAUUGAAGGAAUCAUGAUGUGGCGCAACUUGGCAGAUGCCCAAGUUGAAAAGGAACGACAAAAACGACAAAAAAACGACAACAACAGCAACAAGCAACCCAAAAAGAAAAAGGGCAUGUUGUCCAAUCUCUUUGGAGGAAAAUCCGAUACUGAUACUGAAGAGAAACAAGAUAUCAUCCCCAUUUCCUUGAGCGCCGAGGAACUCAAAGAACUCGAGAAUGUCGGGUUGGAUCAACUCAGCUUUGGACAGGAACUGUCCCACGAAUCCAAACUCUGCCGUGUCGAGUUUGUAUUGGGAGAAUUGAAAAUCAACCUUUUCAACGAAAACAACAGUCCCAUUCUGGGAUUGGACAUGGGAACGGCAUCGUCCACAUUUGAUGCUGACCAAGGAGGAACCUUUACCUUUGAACACAGUUUGCAAAGUUUGGAAGUGUCCGAUCAUUUGCACUCGUCCAGUUUGUUCCCCAAAGUACUGCGGUCUCUAGUGUCCAGCAAGGAAGAAGAAGAACCCGCCUUUCAUGUCCACGUGUCCCACGCCAAGACGGGCGAUAAGAAAUUGACCGUCAAGUUGGUGCCGUUUGAAAUUGUAGUGGCACCUCAUUUGUUGUCGGAAGUCAUGGACUUUGUCAAGGUUCCGUCGCCGCACAAGAACAACGACAGCAGCAGUCUUCUUCCUCAGAUUGAAGAGAUCAAGGAAGAAGUUAGCAGCAGCAACAAUGAUGAGGAGAAAGAUGAUGGCAAGAAGGAUGAAACUACAACAACGGCUGCAAACGUUUCUUCCGAUUACGCCGAAGACAUCUCCAAUGCGCUGGUAGAUGCUUGGCAGAAAAAGACAAAGGAAAAGACGUUGCUAACGAUCGAUUUGAAUCUCAAGGCGCCCAUUCUCAUCCUGCCCGAGAACUGCUCCGAUCCAAAUGCCAGCGUCUGUGUGUUUGACCUGGGAGCAUUCCGAUUCCAGACCGGGUUGAAGGACGACAUCAAUGGAAAAGUCGACAAGUGGCUGGAAGACAAUCCUCGCGACGCAAGUUCGUACGACCUAACCAACAACAGGGAUGACAAUAAGAACAAUCCAGAGUUCACGGGAAAAGUGGUGGACCAUGGCAGAAUUGAACUGGUAAACAUGACACUCUUGGUUGGAAAAGCGGAGAAGUGGCGGGAGAUUCGAUCGGAUCAAGACGGCAUGAUGGUCCACAAUCAAGAUGAAUCCAUCAUUGAACCAAUCACUGUUCGAUUUGACUUUGCCAUUGAGAGUGUUGUGGCGAGCAGUAUUCCCCGUGCUUGCGUUUUCGCGUCGAUUCCCUCUUCCAACUUUAAGUUUUCUCCCAAUCACCUGACCAUGACCCUGCAAGUGUACAAUGCCUGGAUGAAGACCCUCGAAUCCGUACGAGGUGGUGACGCGGCUGCUCCCGCCAAGCCGUCAUUGACGCCAAAGGCCGAUGCUGCAGCCAGCAACGACAGUGCCCCUCAAGCACCCAGCACUGAACAAAUCAUUGUCACGAAAGACAGCGGAGAAGAGUCUGUGAAAGUUGAAAUUGACGAUGUCACAAACACAGUUGAAACUAGCCUUGGCAAUCAUUCGACUCUCUUCACGACAAUGCACUUGAACAUCACCACAGAACGGUAUUCCGUUGUCGUUUAUGACUCUGGGGAUUUCCAAAGCAAAGGGUUCAACGCCAAGGGCAGUCAGUCAGGAUCAAUAUCUCCCAUUCAAAGCAUUGCGGAAGGUUUGGUAUUGGAAGGUGGGCUAGAGCUCUCCUUUGAAACGGCCAGUGAUAUGACCGGAAACACCUCCAGCAGCACGGUGGAACUGAGAGGCCAAGACUUUCAGCUCUACAGUGCUUUUGGGAGAGACUUGCGUAGGCCGCUCCAGAUUCUAGAACCUGUCACGGGAAGCUUGAAGGUUGGAUUGAUCAGUCAAGGAUUGCAUACGAAGAAAGCUGACUUGAAAGCAAGAUGUCAUGGCGAGAUUGACUUGACCUUUUCGAUGAGGAACAUGGCCCUGAUCAAGUCAAUCUCAGCAGAGGUGUCCCAGUGCUUGGAAGAUGGUCUCAAGAGAACAAAUGCUGAGAGUGUUACUCUUGAAACCCUCGAUGAAGAAAAGAAGCAGGAGAUCGAAGCCAUGGCGGCGGCCCUGGAGAACAACAACGGAGACGAGGACGAGAGGCCGACACCAGCAAAGAGACCUUCCCAAGUGCAGCUUCCUUCCAACGAUGGGAUUAUCAAAGAGAAUGCAAGUUCUACCAUCUUCUCGAUAAACGUGAAGGUGCCUCGCACCAAACUUACAAUCAUCAAUGACCUGCAGGGUCUCGACGAAGCCCUGUUCCGGAUUCAAACUGAAGAGUUCAUCACGAGGAGCUUGAUCGCCAACAUGUGUGACCUUGACAAUGCCAUGUUGACACAAACGACUUUCAAUGUCAAGGCUCAUUCCAAAAUUCUGGCAGACUACUACGAUCCUUCGGUGAACUUAUGGAACCCACUUCUGAAGGAGCCAUGGGAAAUCGCUUUCAAAAGUGAACGUGUUCCCGACAGAGGGGCAAAGAGCGACGGACGCUACAGCGCAAAAACAGACAUCCACUUUGGGCCCAUGCAUCUAUCCUUCUCUGAGUAUUUCCUUAUUGGUUUGGGAUCUGCAAACCGUAUGGUGGCCAUGUCCGCUGAGUUAGAACAGGAGAACAAUGCCAAGACUCAAAGCGAUGAAAAAAAGGGGGAUUCAUUGGAUUCUGCUAAGAAGCCGAGGAGUCACAGCACCCGAAAUCUUGUUGCGGCUCUACCAUAUGCUCUUGACAAUUACUCAGGUGUUGACGUCGAAUAUUCACUGGCCCACAGUCAGGCCGGGAGCCCCUCUCACGCUUGCCCCAACGGGCAAAAAACCUACUUCCGGUUCAAUCCUCCCAAAGGCAGUGGCCAGGGUGGGAAGCGGUUGUAUGGACAAGAUGUUCUAGACGAUCAGCCCAUCACCAUAAUGAUCGGAGACAACAAAAUCAAGAUUAAGAACAUAGACCAUCAGUUGGGUCAGCCAAAGAGGUGUCACAUCAUCGAUGAUGGAACCACGUUGGUAACUACAGUCGUCAAAGAAGGGAAGAGUACUGUCGUGCGUCUUUCAAGCAACACGUACAUGCAGAACAGGUCACCGAUACCCAUCCACGUUGCUUUCCAGCAUGAAUCGAAGACCCACGAUAUCGGCAUGUGUUCGCCUACGUCGAGCCUGUUGGAAGACAACAAGAAGCACAAGCUAGUGCCGUACGAUGUAAAGGGCGGGACUUUAACGACUUCGUCUCGGAGAAUGGGAGUUAGAUUUGAGGGGAUGGAUCAGGUCGUCAAGGAGUGGGCUGACAAGAAAAACGCAAGCGCCAUUUUCAAGGUGUCGCCCCAACUUGGAGGAUCUGAGUCUCGCGUGUCGGGACAGUUUUGCGUGGAGAUUGAUGUUGAGAUGAUGCAGAAAGCGGAAAACAAUACUAUUCGUUCACGAAUCGAUGUGGUGUGCUCGGCAGACAACGAUGAUAGCCACAGUUUCGCUCUCCAGGCAAAUGUGAAGCUACAAUUGAUUCAAGGCGUGAAAUUGGUUUCGUUUAUAUCUUUUGAGCCUCGCUCGCAGCUUGUCAACACACUCCCCAUAAACAUAACAGUUCUGACCCGAGUUCCGCAUUGCUACAGUCAACACACACUCGGCAAGUCAGGUGGAAGCGACAAAGUCCACGAUCUGGAGCCGGGUGGAAAGAUUGAAGUAUUUUCGGCUGGAGACUCGCUCCAAGUCAAGGUGCGAAGCUCAGAGUCACCACGCAGAGGCACACCUCUCGGGGUUACACGACAAUGGAUCCCAAUUCCAAUGGUUGCAUCAUUGGAGAAGCCCAUUCUGUGCUUACUCCCAUUCGUUGCGGAGCAGGAGGUGCUCUCUUCAACGGGGACUCCAGGCAACGAAUUCUUCAUCGCCGAAGCCAACAGCAGUCUGCCGAACUUUUUCCUGGAACGGAUUAACGACGACGGGGAUCUUGACUUGUUGGAACCGGAAAAGAUUUCGAAUCACACUGCGAGGACUUUCUUGUUCACUGUUGGGAAUUAUGCGGUCGACCAUACAAAGGGCGUGCUGUUCGAACAGCUAGUCACGAAAUCAAAAGGAUUUUUCAGGAGCUCCAACCAGAACGGCAAGGCUCCACUUCCUUUCGGAGACUUCACACCGAAGGGAAGCCAACAAAGCAUUUCCCUUCUUCCGACCAGCGAGAUCCCGUUACGUCUGGCAAAGCGAGGAGCAGACCGAACGCAACGGUCGUCUAUUUUCAGGAUCGAAGAGGUGUCGAUGACGGAAGGAGGUGCACAAGCGACGCCGUUGCUAUGGGAUAACGGCAAGGAGUCCGGCAUCUUCCUCUAUCGCAAGCUCAUUUCAUCCUUUCAAUCAGAGCUACAUGUAAUCGCGGAAUUCAUUGUCUACAACGCGGAUCCUCGCCUAAGAGUUGUGGUGAAGCAAGCAGGUGGUCAUGACGUGAGUGUCGCGCCGAAUCAGUCCGCUCCAGUUUUUGCUGUUGAUCGACAGAAAGGAUUGUUGCUAUCCUUUCAAUACGACGCCUUGGGAGGAUCGACAAAGCCGCUAAGACUGGAAGAGCUUGGACUCCACAUUGAACUCGUGAAGACUCCCGAAGGCGCAAGUCGCGGCAGCCUUGCCGUUCAGACCUCUAUUGGAACUGUUGACUCAAGAUUAGUCAUCAGAUUAGGCGAAGUGGGUGAGAUAGAACGAAGACCGGUUAACCCCUUGGGGUACUUGCCAACCAGCUUCAACGAGGACAACAUAAGACUUCGAAUCCAGGCCGAAAAAUUCGCGUUGACAUUGAACCAAGCUGUCUUUGAAAACCUCGAUUCCGAUGGAAAAGGCGUAGUCGAGCACGCUGGUGCUGCCACAAAGCAAAGCGUCGCGCGAAGUGCUCUAGCGAAGUCUUUGCGAAAGCCAACCGGAAGCACAGACGUUUACAAACGCACCGAGCUACCAAUCUGCACGCUGACACUAAAUAGUGUUGUGUACGAUGUGCAAAAGCUUUACAAGCCGAAGGAAGAGUUGAACGAGAAUGACAUUCCAGAAAGGUGUCAGCUUUCCCUCAUCAUUGAACACUUUCAAAUCACAGAUGAAACUCCCAACAGCCCAUUUCCAUUGGUCUUCAGUUUCGAGGGAAAGAAUCGCUUUGUGGACUUUUGCCUCCGUACGAAAGGUCCGCUCUAUGCCAGCAAUGUAACGGUGGAUCUCUUUGAUUUGAUUCUUGCCCAUUCCGGGGUAGGCGAUGAUCAAAGCGGUGACAAGAUGUGUUUGCAAACCAGCGAAGCAUUCGUCUGGAAGCUCAUCGAUUUGGCCGACCGCAUCAUCCACGCAAGCUCCGAAGGAGCGCACCCUACAGAUGGAGGUGAAUAUGAAUAUGAAAAGGCGCUUGAAGCCUUUGUCCCCGCCUUUUCCAAGGACCUGAUCGUCCAACACACGGGGCCGCAAAUAGCGAAAAUCUACGACAUUGCAAAGGCACGAGUGUCCCCGUUCAGCAUUCUGGUCAGCUUCAAGAGAAGGCCAGAUGCUGAGCGAUACAAGGAAAUGAUCAACAAUAGGGGAGCAAACCUGAUGCGAUAUUUCACACAGCAGCUCAAGUUCACGAUUGACAACUGCGAUCUCCAUUUUGCACGAUAUGAAGAGUACAAUGUCAAGGGACCGAUGGACCGUCUGAUCGAGAUUCUCUCGGCAGUCUACUUGUCACGCAUGAAAUUGAAAGUUGUAACGAUCCUUGCCGCUGCCAGUUUUGGUGACUGGAAGAAUCUGGCGUCGCGUGACGGUGGCGACGAUGAAUUCGUGGAUGGUGACGUCCUCAGGGUGACAGGUGCCGUGGCUGGUAACUCUGUGGCUUUUGCUCUCAAUAAGGCAGGCGCUGGUUUGCACAAGAGCGUUACUUGGGGCUUUGAUGCCCUUGGCGACAAUAUUGAAAAUGGGGCAGCUCUGUUGGGAGCGCACGAUUUUGGUGCAGGAACGAAAACUGUGAUAUCUGGGGUUGGCGGUGCCAUUGGAGGGACCGCUUCAGGAAUUGCAGACGGCGCCGGCGGCUUGUUCAAAGGAGCUGGCGAAGGCCUUGGGCAUUUCUUCGGAGGUUUGACUGGUGGAGGAUCCAGGAUUGUCAAGGGUGUCGGCAAGAGUAUCACGACGGGCGAUGGUAAAGCCCUCGCAACAGGCGUCGCUGAGGGCGUGGGCCAUGUGGGCAAGGGAAUCAGAGGCAGUAUCAUGGCCAUUGGUACAGGCGUGGGAGGCUCGGUCACUUCUGUCGUAAGCGGGUCCGUCACGGGCGUAAGAGAGUCUGUUAACAGUUCAGUCACCGGCUCUACCAAGAGAAAACAAAUAAGGGGCUUGGCUAAGCUACGAGAAGAAUUCAAAGACCAGGACUACAGCUAGAAAGGUCAUUUGAAUGGAUUUCUUGGCGCGGUGUCUGGUACCCCAACCCCAGCCUUCGCUUCAGAAAUCACUGGCAACAAACUAAUCUAAAGCUUGCGUUUUCAUUUUCGUGCUGACUCGAACUCUUAAUUUCGUCAGAAAUGGAGAUUGACGCAAGACGGCAGCACAUGUACUGACUUGAGAAUUCCAGUUCCUUGUGUCUGUCCUCGGGACGGGCCCCAUCUCUCCCCCCCCCCCCCAAUCCAUGGAAAGACGUGAGCCUUCGCCUUCUUCUGCUCUGAACCAUGCGCACCGUAGGCGAAAGUGCGGGCUUCUGUCACAGCGAAGCUGGUGUUUUCAGAAGAGCCGUUCAAGAGGUUACUGUGGCAAAAAGAUCUGUUCACGAGGGAGGGUUUUCAAGUGGCUUGCUUGGAUGCCAGCCAUCUUGGGGUGGAUCCACCGACCGCAGGCUGAUUAGUUAGUUGUUGCUGUGAGUCGAGUCACUUGUUGUCGCAGUAGAGUUCCUUAUACCGGUACUGGUUUAGGCCAGAGGCGCGAAAACUGCAGAUGUUUUUGAAACCACAACCAAGGCGACUGUCGGGGAUCGUCUGGUCCAAGUUCGUUCCGUCCUGUUUUUCUUUUGAAGUGGUGGCUCCGGAAUCCACCUCGGCAUGCGGCCACUAUGCUCGAGGUGGCAACGCGCAUAGGUGGACCACUCAGCGUUUUUUAAAUACUAACACCACUGUUGCUGCGUGUCGGCGGCUUGGAGAGCACUGGUCCAGGUGUUGAUUGCCCAGACGCGGGUGUGUCGUCGUUGUCUGAGGUUGAACUGUGCAAAA